AGAUUACAACUGAAAGUCUUGUGAUUGUAAGCACCAAGUGAUGGCAGCAAAAGAAACCAGAGGAGCAUUGCUUUUGCACAUGAGGAUCGUGCUGGUGGGGAAGACUGGAUCAGGAAAAAGUGCAACAGGAAACACCAUCCUGGGAAGAAAUGCUUUGGGAAGAAAUGCUUUUGAAAGCAACGCUUUACCCAGUUGCGUGACUGACAUGUGUGCAAGAGAAGUCGGAAAAGUGGAGGGCAGAGACGUUGCUGUGAUCGACACGCCAGGAAUCUAUAACAGAAACAAGACUGAGGACCAGAUGAGGGAAAUGAUGGCCAACUGCAUCAAGCUGUCCCUCCCUGGACCACACGUGUUCCUGCUGGUGAUCAGACUGGGAGUGAGAUUCACAGAAGAGGAAGAAAAUGCUGUAAAGUGGAUCCAGGACAACUUUGGACAAGACGCGUCACGUUACACGAUUAUAUUGUUCACCCAUGUAGAUCAGCUGAAAGGUAUAACUGUGGAGGAUUGCUUAAAGCAUGAGAGUCUUAAUAGGAUUUACAAUAGCUGCGGAGGAAGGUAUCUGCCACUCAACAACGAUAAUAUAAGUGACAGAGAACAGGUACAACGUCUUCUGGAGAAGAUUGACAGUAUGCUUCAAAGAAACUCAGGAGAGUUUUACACCAACAACAUGUACACAGAGGCUCAGAGAAUGAUCAUAGAAGAGGAGGAGAGAAAGACGCAAGAGGAAAAGAGGAAAAAGGAGGAGGAGAGAAGGAGACAGGAGGAGGAGUGGAGACGGCAGGAAGAGAUACGAAAAGAGGAGGAGAAAAGGAGACCAGAAGAAGAGGAUGGGAUCAGGAAAUGUUGUUUGAGUUGUUUGAGUUGUUUGAGCUUCUAUGCAGAUACAGAUCCAGAUCGAGAAAGAGAAACACUUCUGGGUCAUUCUGUGCCAAAUCAACAGAUGCCUUCCGCCUGA